CAAUUUUGGCAGGGGAACGUUUUACCUUUAAGGCUUUACAUGGCGGAUCAGUGUUAAAGCGUGGUUGCACAGUGUGCGCUUUCUAUAAGGAUUUUUACUAACUUUUUGCGAUGCCGCACGUGAAUUCUAGCGGCGGGGACGAUCUAGCCUCUACUGAUGAGGUAAAAGUGUAUAAGGAUGAGGGAGAGGAGGAAAAAAGAUCGUCAGAAAAUUUAUCAGAGGACAAACUGGGUCUAGUCACAGAAAGCGAAGAGGAGAAAGGUUCCAAUCUCCCCGGCCAAAACGACCCCUCUACGGAGUCCAGUACACAGGACGGUAAAUCAGACCAUGGCCAUGACAGACCCGGGCCACUCCCUGGCCAGUAUGUUGUUACGCCCUACCCAUAUCCUAAUGGUGCUACAGUCGGAAGUUUGGGUUAUUUCUCUAUGUAUUCCACUCCAACAUUUCAAAAUGCUGCUGAACACGGGCUGGUAAGUACCAGUUUACCUUUUCCAAUGCCAAAGAAACUCUCAGACACAUCUCCAUGGGGACCAACUACACAUUUCAUGGGGAACAAAGUAUCAGUGGUGCAACCGACACAUCCUAGUGCGCUGGCUCACCUUAUGAUGUACAACAAUGACUCCUUUACACAGCCACCUCCAGCACACAUGGGUAUACCACCAGUUUCUAUAGACCCAAAAACAGGUUUACCGCGACCACCCAUGUACCCCAUCCCUCCACACCCUAGCCAGUACCCACAUCCAAUUUAUAGUCCAGAAUUCUCUCAAGUGCAAUGGCAAGGUCCACCUAGUUAUCCUGUGACGUCGACGGGGUACCGGGGGCCCUACCCCUCAUCAUUAGUCACAAAUUCAACGUUACGCUUUGGUCAUCCGGGUCUGAUUCCCCCUCCCCCUGGUGUCCACCACAGUGUCCCACACCCAGCAAUAAUCACACCGGGACCAAAACAAGAAAUUCCACAAUCACAAGCACAAGAGAAUCACAGGUAUCUUGAUAUUUCUAGAAAUGGUUCCCUUCAACUAGAUGAGGAAAAGCUAUGGGAACACUCCAAUCUCCUCUAUGGCAUGCACGCUGCACAUUUCAGGCACCAUCCAGGCCAUGACCAGGUUCGGCAUGACCAAGUCGAGCAGCCAGAACCAGAAAAGAAGAAACCUCAUAUAAAGAAACCGCUCAACGCCUUCAUGUUAUUUAUGAAAGAAAUGCGGGCACAAGUGGUGGCCGAAUGUACACUCAAAGAAUCGGCGGCUAUUAACCAAAUAUUAGGAAGAAAAUGGCAUACGUUAGACAGAUCAGAACAGGCAAAAUAUUACGAUAUGGCCCGAAAAGAAAAAGAACUUCACAUGCAGCUUUACCCCGGUUGGAGUGCUAGAGACAACUAUUCCAAACACAGCAAGCGGAAAAAGCGAAAGCGAGCGUCAUCAGAGUCUGCCGAUCCUGCAUCAUCAGAGUGUACCAAUCCCAAAAAGUGUCGAGCGCGGUUCGGGGUAGAACACCAAGGCCAGUGGUGCAAACCUUGCCGGCGAAAGAAAAAGUGCAUCAGAUUUUUGACUGAUGGAGAUGACGAUGACGACGACGAUGACGAUGGAACAUUAAGCGAUACUAAUGAUGACAGUGAUAGUGAUAAUCCUAGGUGCAAUCUUUUAUCCGAGCAAAGUUCGUCGAGCAAGAACUUAGCGAAGGCAGAUUCAACGCAGCCUGAAUCUAGUAGUCCGGUGUCGAGUCCCGAAGGAACAUCCCAUUUAGAAGUGCCCCGUGAUAGUCAGGAUCAGACGCAAUCUGUUGUGUCGAGUCAACCAGUAGAUAUGCAGCCAACGUCGACGUGUACAACAGGACAGGAGACGUCAACAGACGCGGCAAAUUCAUCGUAGAAUAACCUGGACUCGAUUUGUUGUGCUAUUUUACUUUUCUCGUCGGUUGUAUAGACAGUUUUAAUGGGGGUUCAUGAUUUUGUACAGUGUAUAGGUAGUUAUACAGAUUGUACAUUUGGUUUAUUGCGUCACCGGACCGGAGUGAGGCGUUUUUUUCCCGAGCAGGGAGUUUGUCAACCAGGUGAAUACCUCAGUUUUCCGAGAAUAUUUGUGGAGUUACGAUAGCGGUACUUUUUUGAGCCAGUCGGAGGGAUGAUUUUGUCGUACAAGCACCUUUAAGAGCAUAAAAUCACCACCACAACACAUGUCCUGCCACUGUUUUGUCGUAUAGACCAGAAUCUUAGCCAGUUGUUUGUUUUUUGCCUCAAGAUAUGAGAGUACUGGAGUCUGCAUGUUUCCAUCAACUAUCAAGUACACAAUGAAAAACAUGCAAAGUGGAAUCAUUUGCUUUAAUAUGUUUCUGUAGAAGUUAUUUUUUAAAUUGGCCAACAUUACCGUAGGAAUUUGUUAGUGCCACUUUGGCAUAAAAGUAUGGAAAACACGCAUCGGCAGAACUUCUUUUGAACCUUCCUUAAAACUCAUUUUGAGAGGAAACCUAGUUUCUUGCCAAUUCUCAUGAAUUUGUAGAUGUUGUACCCUGUACAAGAUCUCUCUGGUUUGAAUCCUUCUGGUCAAACUUAUGCUUUAAUGCUGAAUGUCAUUCGAAAUCGCCAAUAAAAUUGUCUUGCGGGAGCCAGCAAACAUUGCAUGAUUUAUAUUGAGCAAAUAAAAAUCAAUGUUCCUUCCGCAAGUUUGCAUAUUAUCAGUACGAAUUAAACAUCGUAAAAAAUUUGUGCCAAAUCUUACCAGAAUUAUUAUGCUUAUUCUUGAUAUUGAAAUCGGGAGACCGAUUUUAAUAUUGUUGACACCUGUGGUAAAAAAUCAAGUAAGUCUGCAUAAAAAAUCAAGGAAAUCUGAGUGAAAAUGAAUUUUAUUUUUGCAUUGAAGAAAUAUCUUGUUGUGAUAUGAAUGUUUGGUAGUGCUGAUGCAUUGAAUCAUUACGGUUAAAAGUAUGCGGUCUAUGGUAUCUAGACAUGUUCUCCUAAUUUUUUUGGACAAAUAGUUUAAUGAGGAUUUUAAAGCUAUUUUUGAUGCAUAAGUUGCUGCUUUUUACUUGCAUAAUACUGUAAAUGCCACAUUUUUGUGCCUCUUUAUUUUUGCGAAAAUUCAGAAAAUUAUUUUCGCAAUUUUUUAGUUUUGGCGGAUCACAAGUAUCUUUUAAAUUUUCCAGUGGAAAAGAUAUUUCUUAGCAGUUUUUACUUUCGUCUAGGUUAUUCGCGAGUUCUGUGAAAAUAAAACACCCACAAAAAUUUGGCAGCUUUACAGUGUACAUGUAAUACCUUACAUUUGAUAAGACAAUGAAAAGUGCUUACUAACCCCGAUCUUGCCUGUUUGCGACUUAAAUUCUCUCCUUUUAUAGAAGACAAUUUAGAUCACUUGACGUUAAAUUCUACUCCAUGCCCAAGAUCUAAACGAAUGUAUUUUCACACCUACAUCUUUUGAUUAACAACAAAACUGUUAUUGAAACUUCCAGAUUUGUAAUAGAUGAAAGUGCUUGUCGUCGGGUCACCCUUUAAGAAUGAGUGGCACAUGACAUAAGCACCAUUGGCGAUAAAAUUGUGUAAAUGAAACGAUUUCUACAUGGCCAUAUGGUACAAAGCUGUUCAAAUUUUGUUGAUGAUGGGGCGAAUCUACGUGACUAUUUCAUCUUUAUGUAAAAUGUACCUUUUUGGUUACCGAUUAACGUUGUGUCCACUUUAGCCGUUUUGGCAAAGCAAUCAGAUCUAAAUACGUUAUUUUUCUUCCACGUCUGCUUAUAGAGAGACUUUGACCUUAUUGGUCGAUUUUUGCGGCGUUGACUAAUUUUGUUGUCGAAAGAAUCAGCGGGACAUUCACGUUGUUGGCACGUUGUUAUCACUUCGUUGCGAAGUUGAACCAAGAAGCAGGACAAAAAGUUUGGGUUUUCACACUAAAGCCAGGUUUUCACGCAUAAAAUUCACACGUGACACACAGAUGUCGCCUAGCUCACUUGCCAUAUCAAUGAGUUGUCUUCACAUUUUUCGUAAAAAGCGACCUUAUUACAUUUCUGCGCACAAUGUUAUUAUAUCUUCACAUAUUUGCUGGAUCAUGUGACAAUCACGUGACACUUCACGCGUCAACGUCAACGUGACCCCACGAGACAUAUCACGUGUCAAUCUGCACCCCAUAUAACCUUAUCUUUCUCUGUUUCAAAAUGGUUUUAUCUUGUUGUGCAAAUUCUACUUUCUCAAUUUGAUGUCGUUUGACACUUUGAUAAUAGAUGGAGCCAUCAGAAAAUAAAUCUCAGUGAAUCACUCACUUCAUAUCUAAAAUUCCUCUACAAAUCGUAUUUCAUUUGUUUUAAGAUUUAGUCACACAUUCGAACCAUUUGAAAACAACAGUUGCUGAGAAUUUUUGAAGGUGAAACCUUUCAAGAGUAAAACGCACUCACUAAUAACAUUUCAUGAGUUUAUUUUUAAGUCCAGGAACAAAUUCAGGUCACUUAAUGCAAAGAGAUGUUUAUUUCACUCACCCUUACCCAGGGGGCGUUCUAACUGGAUAACGUACGUUUUAACUUGGUGCGAGUUUUACCUUACGAAAAUGAUCUAUGCUCUUCCUUUGUGACUGGUAGUUUUAACGGAAAUUGCUUAAUCUUAAAAUAUUCUCAGUGACUGCGAGUUCGAACAGCUAGAAAUUGCUGGGUUUUUUGGCAUAAGUUUGUCAUCAGAAAAGCACCUGCAACCUCUUUGCCACAUUUUGAAUAAAAAUCAAAUUGCUCAAAAAGUUUUGCAAUUGUUUGAAAAGCCAUAUAGUAAUUCGCUUGACAACAUUGCUUGGAAAAAAAACCUUAAUUUCACUCUUCCUUUCUACCUGCACUGCUCGCAAAUAAUUGGUUGAUGAACUUCCCUAUCAAGUGACAUUGUGCUAGUAUCCAAAUCGGUGACUAGAUUCUGAGGUCUUUAUAUGGUCCUCAAAGGUCUUCAUGCUUUAGUUAUACAUUCAAACCAAAGAUAGCAAAAAUAGUUGUAGAAUUAAAGGAAAAAGUUGUAUACUACUAGUCUUGAGUGAAAAGGGAAGCACUUUAGAUUAGAAGUGCUAGGGUAUUACUGAAAUCAUGUCAAAUUUGUUGAUUUGUUUCUUGAGAGAUUUUAUGAUGGUCUCACCACAGUAGUUGGUCUCACCACAGUACCGGUAUGUAGAUUCACAGGUUGUAGUCGUACUCCACUAAAUUCUUUACCGAAUUGAAGGCGAGGCUCUCUGGAUUCUGUAUUGACCAUUUUCCUUCUGUUUCUUGUUGGCGUGAAACUUGAUGACUCUAUGAAGUCACUAGUUGUAAAAUUCGCACAAUGAGACUUACAGCUAACCUGUUUCGUGUGCAAACUAUUUUGAUAUGCCUUCCACAAUUUGCUCUCAUCCAAAAUGAAGGUUGUUGGACAUUUUGUCUGGCUCUGAAAUUAUGGUGGGGCUUGUGACGGUGGAACUAACGUCAUAGCAUUGUGUUACUGGAAGUAACCUCGCAUGCUAUUUGGCAAUGGUAAACACAGAAUCCACUAGCCUCGCUCAUGCCACAAAAGUUUUCACCGUCGUCCGUUAACGUAUAUCCAUCACCAGAUCACAUUCAGGCGUUGUGUCAUCUCACCGUCACGUAUCGCCAAGCUACGUCGCACAGAUAAGCUAGCGCCAUCUGUGGGCGACAAGAGGAGCAAGAUAUCAAUGCAUAAUAUAAGUAAACUCUAGGUGAUAUAUGAGUCUAUGUUCACCGAGCGUUUGGUGAAGAGCUCAAAAAUUUAUAUCGGGGUGCGUACCACUUGGUUAUGAUUCGACGCCUUACCACUUUGUAUCUUGUAUCAUUCUAGGCUCAGACAAUCCUUGAAAUUUGUGAUAUUUCUCAUAUAAUUAUGAACCAUUCACUGUUCCCGAAAUAGUUUAUUGAUAUUUCAAUCGCCUAGGUGAUUUAGCUCAGGUCUGAACUCCGGUGUGAAAUUGUCAAAUGUCAGGGUUUUAGUCGAAAGUCUAGACUGAUACGAGGCGAAUAGAGCUUCAAGUCGACGCAUAUGCUAGGGGUAGCGCCUCCUUUUAUUGUACAGAGUACCACCUAGUGGUCAAUUAUUUACAAUGGGUUUCUGACAGGAGCCGUAAAUGUGUACAUCUAUCUACUUAAAAUGAAAAAAAAGUAACUCGAGCUUCUUCCAUGGAGCAUUUUUCCCAUUUGGUAGGAACCAUAUCAUUGCAAUGUGUAUGCAAUUUUGUUCGUAGUGUUCAUUUGUGAUCCUGUUCGAGAGGCUCGUGGAGUUAGUUGUCAGAUGACUGUUGUACCCGAUGUUCAGAGCAAUCGUCAUUUUUGUUGUUCAUUUGUCACUUGGGUUCUCUACUUCAUGACCUUGAUCCUUUUAACCCUUGUUGGACUAGGGGCGCUUCAAAAAUAUUUCCAAGGAAGAUUUUCAACGGCCGAAAAUGAUUUAAACCAUUGAAAGUUCAUCGCGAUGGCUUAAAAAUAAUGACCUAAUGUGUAGGGUUCCAUUAGCGAUGAAAAGUUUGGUUUCAAUAUCACUUAUUGUUUACACAUCAGUGACAGGUAGCGCCCUCAGUCCACUAAGGAUCCCCUAUCCGUUAUAAGAUGCGGUUAAAAUUUUUAUGAGCCAUUUCAUAAGAGAAUAUCAUGACUUCGUGUACAAUUGAUAGUAUUUUAUUUUUGAUCACUUUGAACGAUGGUCUUGUUACAUUUGAAUCGGACAUUAUAUGCUUCAGGUCUGAUUUUUUAUUACAUAAAUGUAAUGUAAUUAAAUAUAUAUUACGGAAAAUCGACAAAAUCACUGAAAGACAAUCCUAUUCCUGACACAAUCAUAAUGGAAUUUCUAUCCAAUAUUUUUAUGUUGUACAUAGCGCAUACAUUUGCUCAAGGUUAGAAAUAUUAAGUGAGCUACAUAGUUCGACAAAACAUGACGAAGGGAUCACAUGGUGAGUUCCGUUGUAAAACAUGACAGCAUCAGUGCUCAUGCUGACGAAACCAGGAAUGUGCGACUGUCGCGUGUAUAUAUUAUAAAUGUAAAGUUUGUCAAUAAGUGCAUACAUUGUUUAUUGGAAAUACAGGGUCAGUGUUCGAGACAAUAUGGUCUUCAACACUUGUAGAAUGUUUGCAUGCUCUUGCUCAUGAAUUUGAUAAUAUUAGGUGUAGAAUUUUUCAUGAUAUACAGUUUGUUUUCAGUUGAAGCUUUUUGAGGUUGAAAUUUAUUUUUGAAAUGUCAGAAUAUGUGCGGUACUUGAUAAUUUGCAUGAUAUGUUAUCUGUAUUAGUCCCAUUAGUGAUCUUCCCUCAAAUUAGGCCAAUUUCUGUUUAUAUGUGGUCCUAUCGAAUUUUAGGAAGGACAAAGUCCACACAGUGUUGCUCAGAUAGGAAAUCAGCUUUGAGUCUCGAGCACAGUGCACACAGACAAUUUAAUUGUCCCGCAAUGAUUAUCAAACCCAGUGUUUACCAGUUGUACUUAUUUGCAGACUGGGGAUCUUUUUGUUGCACAUCACAGCGAUUAUAAUCACAGGUUUCAGCAACAAAUGUCUCUCUUGUUGGCGCGACGCUUUUGGCCAAGUCUUUAACAGAAACUAUGAAACAGAUAAAUUAUCAAGUACCUUAACAUUGCCUAUUAAACAUAGUUGGUUAGUAAAAGUCCCUAUCCUUGCCUACCAUUGUUGUCUUCUUAGGUCCUGCGCUUGUAUGAGUGACAGUAUUAAACCUUCAUGUAUUUACCCUAAACUUGCCGUGUUCUACACUGUGCUUGUCUUUGCCAUCUAACACAAACGACUCGGAGAAGAUCUUGGGUGAACUUGUAAAGGUCCUUACUGUUAGUGCAAAAUCUUGUUGCGAGGGCCAAAUGACAGCGAACGGACGAUGUCCUUGCCCUAUUGACAACCGUCAAGUUUGAUGAAAAAAUGUCAGCCCAAUAAAUUGCUAAUGGACACGAUCAAAUAAUUUUUUUUAUUGUACCAUUUGUCAUUUGGCAUUUCUGAGAAGCUCCUCAAAAUGUAAAGUCCAGUAGAGGUGUUCUUUCUUUGUCUUACUUUCAUAAAGUCAAAAAUGUUCCACUUGAUGAUACGAGGGCAAUGUGAUCUCAUAGCCUUGUAUCCCAAGAUAAAGAUUCACUGAAUAGCCAUCUCAUUGUGAACUUGUCCAGCAGCUCAUCCUAAUGUUUCUCUCCGAGUCGUUUGCAUGGAUGCAUCUAGAGAAUUGUUCCCGCGCUUUAAAUCAAUGUUCGCUUCGAUGAUAUUGACGACAUCUGCUUGUCGGGUGGUAGUUUGUCUUUUCGCCAAUAGGUGGAGUAAGGAAAAUGAUCUGAAAUUCUCGGUGCAGGAACUUGGCUUCACAGCCUGAAUAUGGUAUAAUUGUCACCAAGGAAUUAUUGGAGAAAUAAUCUCACUUUCAUAGCAUUGCAUUUGGGCCUUAUUAAAAAAAGUCAAACCGGUUACAAGAUAUAUAUCAUUUCUUGAAAAUAAAAAGAUUUUAUGUACCGAAUGGUCAAUGUUAAUCAGGAAAUAAUACAACUUGACUAAUAAAUUCAUCCCAUUGAAAGGCUGGUAGUCCUAUACUGGAGCUCAUGACAAAAUGAAGAAAAAUUCGAAGUGAUGUUUUGAUUUUCUAUCAACACAUAAUUUUUGAUCCAAAUAUUGCACAGGGAAUAUCACUCAGAAGAUCAAUUUAUUGAACGCAGGAAUUUUUGGUUUCAGUGCAUGAUAUACCCAUACCAAAUGUUAAACUUUGUGGCUUCUACAAUAACUUUAUAUGACUAUAGCAUCGUAGCGCUUCAUCAAUUCAAAACACCGACGUGACUGCCUCGGAUGUCAAGCCAAGUUCCCCAGUUGGGAGAGUUUGUAAAUACUAAGCAGUUUCCAUGGUCAAUCCGUUACAUUCCAUGACUAGAUGUAUAUUAUAUAGCUGGGAGCAUGGUCACAACAAGGUUUUUAGAUCAAGUCGAGUGUGUAUCGUACUAUUGUUUCGAAUACUGCAUGUGUGCAUCCAAAUUAUUUUGAAGAAAAUUUCAUUUAUUUCAAAGUUUUGGCUGGAUCAAGUGUACUUUUAGUCCUCCUGAAAUAAUCUACCCUCCUCUGAUCUUUAUCAAUCUAUUUGGAGGCCCUCUUAGCAUAUAGAGGGGUUGCACCUCUUGGAUGCGGCUAUUUUGGACCACAACCACUUCAGAUAAUUUCAUGGGAACCAUACCAGACAAAGAUCGAUGAGUUAGUGUCAUGAUAGAUCAGUAAAAUCUGAUUUAAAAUUAAUGGGGUUCACUUGAUUCAGCCAAACUCUCCCAAAUACCUAAAUAAUUUUUCCCCAUUUCAACCCUAUUUUCUUUUCCCCCUUUUUCAUAUACGCCUUUAAGGCAAUUAUUAAAUGUUACAACCGUAGAAAAAGAUGUGAUCAGCGCCUGUCUUGCCAACACAAUCAUUGUUAUUUGAAAAUUUGUAUUUGAAUUUGAAUAUGUAUCUGAUCAUGUGCUAGUAUUAGUGUUACACUGUGCUCAGGUAAACAUUUCAGCGAGCUUACAUGUAGGGAUUUCAAUUCGAUUUUACGACAAAAAGGUCAAUUGUCAUCGAGAUGUGUACAUCAUUUUGUAAAUACUUACAUGGAAUAUGUGAUGUUAUCUUUCAUAUUCUUGGGGCAUUACAUAACCCCUUCUUAUAGGCCACUUUACAUGUUGGGGUAGAUUUUGAUGUGGAAGCCAAGUUACAAUAACGACAAAAAAUUUUUUGGAUGAAAUAUGAAAGUGAAUGAGGGACUUUAUUGCCAAAAAGUGGAAGUAGUAUUUAGCGGUCUUAUACAAUACAGAACCUUUUGUGGAUGAAAUUGACAUGGGUUUGACAUAGAAUGGAAAUCUAUUGUUUGUUGGACCGCUUACCACUGCAGCACUAGCGGUAAAGUUCCUCAUACCCGCCCAGGUAUGAUGUCUAAAGGAUAAUGGUACCGGCUGAGGUUGCCAGAAGGAUGAAUGCAAGAUUCCAGCCAACUGUUGAUGAAGUGGAUGCUUCAGAGAAAGCUUUCGAUGGGGACUUUUACUAUUUGAAAUAUUUCCCAAUCAGGUGAAAUGACCUAACUGAAGCACUUCAUAUCGUGCAAUCUCGUAAAAAAGAGCACUCUCCUUAUUUGAUAUAAGGAAAACCUAAUAUGGGCUGAGGACCAACAGAAGUCGAAUUCAGUCAGAUUUGAGGGUACUCUGAGGGCUUGCUCCUGGGACUGAAUAUGUAUUGACCUUACAUUUAACAUAGAGUUGACUGGAAUCUAGGCUACAUCGAGUUUACAUUUAGCAUGCAGUGUCGCUUUGGCAGGCUGAUGAUACGAUUACAAAUAAGUCCAUUUCAAAUCUCUUGCCAGUAAACAAGUAAUGCUCAUACUUGACCAGGCUUCGACUUGCCGUAUGUCGGCUUCCAAUGUCAGCAAAAAUUGCCACAUUUCUUUUGAUGUAAUUUACUUUAUUUCCUUAUGCGAAAAGAUUAGCAGAUGUAUUUUAUAGAAUUGUCAAAUGAAUUGCCAACUGAUGUAUUUUAUAGUACGGUCAAAAAACUGGCCCGUGUGUUUUACAGUAAUGUGGAUGAAAUUCCUUUGCCGUUAUGAUGUAAAACAUGUUUGCAGUGUAUCAUACAUUACUGUAAAAUGCAUCACACAUUACUGUAAAAUGUAUUGCCAGCCUAUUUCACUGUACUGUAAAAGAAAUUGCCAAGUGAUGUAUUCAUUAUUUCUAAACAUGCUAAAGUAGAAAUUGAAAUUUGAACACAUUCUAUCAACUUUGAAAAUGUUUUAAUCGUGCAGAUCAGUUAUUUGUGCUUAAUAUGUGUCAAAGGUCACAAGGGUCAAUCUGGCCAUGGUAAGUUGACAUGGACGCUUGUGCAUUUCUGUGACAUUAGAAUGUACAUUGCACAAUAAUCCCUAGUCAGGUUAGCAUGGGAUGGAUACAUAUUAGCCUAAAAUGUUUUAAGGUCAUUGUAUUGUGCAUGCUGCCAGUGAGGGAUCAGGUACAUUGUAUCUGGCUACAGGGGGAUAGCUAAAUUCAUAGAUGCAUUCAGUAUCAAUAUGAGAGUGAAUAUGAUUUUAUUCUAUUUUGUCCUGAUGUUUUACACAAAAUGUACUUGAAUUUUACCAAAUUAUACACAGAUUUAAAUAGUUUUACUAACUUCAUGACAAAAUUUUCAUGAUUGCUUCCACAUCUUAAUAGAACUUAUAGUACAAACAUGUACAAGGGUUGUGUGAGUUCUGUCGUGAAAAAAGAAAAAUGGGUAAUUGCAUCAGUACGGCGGUGUGUACAAGGUAGUUUCUGUCCUUGGGGACGUGUUUGUCCCCAUGUUAAGUGGGUUUGACCUUGUCAUUUAGAUAUUCUCGCAUUCCUGUAACAUGGCAUUUCCGAAUUAUUUUGUGUAUAGAAUAUUGCAUUUUGUCAUUGACCCUCUAAGAAUUGGUGGAGAAAUCUAUUUUUUUGUUGGAAACGCCAGAGUUGAAACUGGCACUAUUUCCCAAUUUAUUUGAGGCUAUGUUCUUCUAAAUUAAUGAUAGUAAUAUUCCCAAUGAUGGAUAUGCCCAAUUUAACGAUGGUUAUAUUCCCAAAGCGACAGGGUGUCAAAUGUUCCUUACUGAUGGGUAUAAGCUGAAUAUUUAUCAUGCCCAAGCUACCAGCUGAAAUUUAAAAACUUUUAUCGGACCAGAGUGAAGCUACACCAAGAAAUAAGUAAGGCCUUGAUAAGAUUUUUAUCACACCACCUGCGGUUGAUCGUAAUGAGAUAUAUGCAACGUUAUGCAGUCGAAAACGUACACAUUUACAGAAUUGAACACUUCCUAAUAAGUGAUGCCAAUUGUUAUUCAUGAGGCUUCCAAGGGUGUCCCAGUGUCUGAGCCCCUGAAUCUUAUAACUUAUGCUACAAUGCUGCAAUUUCCGUAAAAUUGUUUAUCCAGCAACAUUCUGACAACAGGCUCGUUAAGCGACAAAUUCUAUUCUUUAAAUUGAGAAGAAGAAAAAACUUUAUCAUUUUGGGUAUUUUCUAUCAUUCUGUAACUGUGAUAUGCCCAAUUUGGUCUGUGUGUUUUCGGAGACACCCAGUACAACAUGUGCAAAUUUAGUCUGAACUCUUAACUCCAUCUUCAUAAAGAAUAUUCUUACAUUAAAGUCUGAUCACAUCCACCAGUUCUUAGAGGUUUGAGGAUUUUUAGACACAUUUGAACACAGCAUGUGGAAGGGGUCUUUAAGUGGUUCAGUUGUGAGUUUAAUGCUUUGAAAUUCAGUUUUUAGUUUCAAGUAGAAGGGAAACAUUGAUUCGAGUCCUUGGCUUUGCAUUUAAACAUCUUGGGAAUGUUCUGUUUGUCUUGAGCAUAUUAGAAUAUCAAACUCAAGUCUCAAACAUUUUGAUUGAAUGAAUUGUUUGCAUCCCCAAUUAAAAUAUUUUUCAACCUUAAUUGAACCUGCUUAAUUGAACCUUAGUUGAACCUGCUUAUAACUAUUAUAGAUCGUUUAUUUUCUUUACUGACAAGGUUAUAAUUAAAUGCUGACAGUCACUGUUGCUGAAUUUGGCUUUAUAACCAUUACCAUUGGUGAUUGAAUGAUUAACAAGGUUACACCCUCAGUAGGUAAUAGUUAUGAGAAAGUGCUGGAUUGCCUCGAAGCUAGAUUUGAGACGUAGAAUUAGUUUUGCCCAAAACAUCAUGCUUUCAAGUGUACAGUAGAACCUCUCUAUUAAGGACACCCUCAGGACUGACAAGUGCUGUCCUUAUCAGGGAGGUGUCCUGAUUAGAGAGGUCAAAUUGAAUCGAAACCACCAUUUUGGGACUGAAACUAGUGUCCUUAAUAGAGAGGAUGUCCUUAAUAGAGAUGUGUCCACUAAGGGAGGUUCCACUGUAUAUCAAAUUUCUCAGCAGUUUGUUUUGUCUGAGCAGAAAUCUUCGGCAUUGUUAUGUUGUUUUAGAUAUUUGGCAGUCGAGGGUCGUAAUAUUUAUGAAAAGGAAAACGUUUUUGCUUUAGGAAUAAUGCUAUUGGCUGCAUUCAGAUAUCCGUAUCAAAUUAUAGGAUUUUUUUUGCUACAAAUAUAUGUUUUACUGGGUUUUAAAAUAGGAAAAGAUAAUUAAGCCAUUUCUUAUUAUCGAGUCUGCUAACUUUUUGUCCGUUUUGACGAUUUUCGAAACAUUAUUUUGAGAUUACGUGGUAUUUUGUUCCAUAGUCUGGGAAUGGGGUAAACUGCAUUAUGGUAAAAGUAUGGGGGCAUGUACUUAAUUUGUAUGGCUAAUCAGGGUAAUUUUGAUAUGAUGAUACAUGAAAUGAGUGAUGCGAUUUAAUUAGAUAAAUGUAUGAAUUGAAUUGAAUCAGUACUUAGCUGAUUAAUGACUCAAUUAAGAGGAAGACAAAUGUACUUUAUGAAACGAGUUAUUGAUAAUGAAAUAUCAUGAUUUUCAAUUUGAGAUGGAUUUUGAAUGACAAGGUCAAAAUGUGUUUUCAUCUAGUUGAUUAUGGUUCAUUCAUGUGCAACUUUCCUGGUUUCGAAGCAAGUUCACUAAUCUGAAUGUGAUUAACCUGCAUGACAUCAGAUACAUUGUAUUUAUAUGACCACUUAUUUCUGUAAUAAACUUCCCAAGUUAACAAAUUGUAAAA